GCCUUUGUUCAUUCUACGUCUCAGCAAACAGAGAUGAAUAUGUGGGAAACUCUGCCGGCUGCAGUGUGAAGCAGGGACAGCUGAAGAAUGGAGUGUAUAGCUGACUAUGCAAAACUACUGGCUGGGGUGGAAAAACUAGACUUCACCGGCCAACAGAACCCUUGUGAUCUCGCCCUAGCAGGAGACGAUGCAUUUCCUAUAGCCAUGAAUGACAAAGGCCAGGUCUUGAUAGCCGCUUCCAAGUAUGGCAAAGGCCGCAUGGUGGUCCUGGGCCACGAAUCUUAUUUGGUUGACCACAAGCUCUCCUGGUUUGUCAUUAAUGCUAUCAAGUGGCUCAAGCCAACACCCGAUGCUGUUAUUGGAAUCCAAGCAGACCUCGCCUUCAUAGCCAACAAUCUGAUUUACACAGGAGACAAGGUGCAGUUAAGCGACUGCUUCUCUGAUAGCAUGGGGGUGUACUGCACCAGCGCCUAUGAUGAGGAGCAUGCCGACAGGCUCAUCGCGUUUGUCAAGCAGGGAGGUGGCUUGUUGAUAGCCGGCGAGGCCUGCCAAUGGUCCGGCGAUAACUGCGGCCAGCAUCCUUUCACCAGUUUCCCCGGCAACAAGAUCACUAGCGUGGCCGGUAUUUAUUUCACUUCUAAUACCGCUGAAUGUGGACUCUGUCCAGUGGACAGAAAGAUACCUAUAAGCUGGCUGUCGGUCGUACAAGGGAUGGACUUCAAAGAAGAUCUAGAGUUCCUACUGAAUGGGGUGACUCAGUUUGAGUUAAAUGGCAGUGGAACCCCCUCUUCUGUGCUGGUCCACGGGCCGAUGGCUUUCCCCAUUGCCCUGGAUGAGCACAACCAGGCCUUCAUAGCGGGGGCUCGUUACGGGAGGGGCCGGGUCAUUGUGAUGACGCACGAGGGCUUGAUGUCUCACGCUCCGCUGAAGCCUUUCCUCUUCAACGCCAUGCGGUGGCUCGAUGGGGGCCGCAGGGGCCAAAUCGGCUUUCACCCCCAAAUCCAGUCAGGCCCAGCUCUGUACAGCCAGGAUGGCUUCACCUGCGAGCUGACUGAUUUCAAAGAAGGCCUGAGCGUCUACUGCUGCACCUCCUACAGCAGCCAACAUGCAUCGGAAAUCCACGAGUUUGUGGCAGAGGGAGGGGGUCUGCUCAUCGGUGGUCACGCCUGGAAUUGGUCGUACCAACACAUAGAUCAAAAUGUGCUGGUCGAUUACCCAGGCAACCAGAUCCUCAACAGAUUUGGGUUAGGCAUCCUCUCCUCAACCCUUGAGGGUCGUACUUACAAAGCCCCAGAAUCCAUCGAGCACGCCAUGAAGGCCUACCAUUUUAGGACAAUGCUGUCCAAGUUUGCCGAACAUGUCCUGGAAGAGAAGGAGUUGGCGGAACAUGAGUCGUCUUACUUGAAGAAGCUGGGUCAGGACUGCUCCUCGUUCCUGAGAAUGAAGGCAGAGCACAGCCCUUCGUACGAUUCCAUUCGCCAGCUUCUAACCCAGCUGCUGAAAACGUCGGGGGUCCCUCAGGUGUGCGAUGAGUGUCCAGUGAAAGACUUCAAGGACAAUGUUCUGCUCAACCUGGGCAUGGAGCUCUACAACGUGACCCCUGAUCCAGAUGCCAUUCUUCCUUAUAUUAUCAAAGACAUGCCCAACCUGCCGACUGUGUCUGGCGUACAAGUUCGAGUUGAUGCAACAAAUGAAGCUGAUGAACUUUGGAGAAGUACAGGCCUUUUUCUUCCUCCCGGGAAGCCCACACACAUUUACGUUCCCUCAAAACUGGUUGGAUGCAACUUCAGGGUGCAGAUUGGUUGCCAGUGUGAUAAUCUGAAUAACGCAGACGUGCUGAAGCGUGCUCCCGUGGUCACACAGAGGUUCGGGAUCGACCAGGAGAAGAUUAAGGUUUCCAACUUGUGGGGGGGUCUGAUCUACAUCAUAGUGCCCAAGGGAGCCAAGCUCGGUCCAGUGGAUAUAACUGUGGAAGAGGCGGUCAUGGCUCCCUAUUACAAAGGAGGAGAGACCAGUACCUCGGAUUGGCUGCAGACUGUCCGCCACUACCCUGCUCCGUGGGCUGAGUUGGAAUUUGAUAACAUCAUCAUCUCCAUCCCAUCUGAGGAAGUGCGCAGUCUAGACAACCCUGACACUCUCGCAACACUGUGGGACAAGAUCAUGAAAGGCAUUGCUGAGCUGGCUGGCAUUCCUCACAGAUUCCCGAGGAAAGAACGCUAUGUGGCUGAUGUUCAGAUCUCUCAUGGAUGGAUGCAUGCUGGAUACCCCGUUAUGAUGCACCUGUGCUCGGGAAAGGAGAUUCUUGACGUUGAUAUCAUAACAAAGAACGGAAUAUGGGGCGCCAUUCAUGAGCUUGGCCACAACCAACAGAGAGGGUGCUGGGAGUUUCCUCCACACACCACAGAGGCCACCUGUAACAUCUGGUCUGUCUACAUUCAUGAGACGGUGCUAAAUAUCCCCAGAAACGAAGCUCACGGAAACAUGCAACAGGAGAUACGGGAGAACACUGUCCGCCAAUACCUGGAGAACGGAGCCCAGCUUCAAAACUGGAGUGUCUGGACUGCUUUGGAGACGUACCUUCAGUUGCAGGAAGGGUUCGGCUGGGAUGCGUUGAAGAAGGUCUACGCAGACUACCAUGAGAUGAAAACGUUCUGCAAUGACAUGGAUGGCAAGAUGAAUAUGUGGGCUGAGACCUUUUCCAAAGCAGUAAACAAGAAUCUGGCUCCAUUCUUCAAAGCCUGGGGGUGGCCCAUUAGUGACACAGUGACCAGCAAACUGGCAGCUUUGCCAGAAUGGAGCGAGAACCCAAUGAACAAGUAUACAUGUAACAUGUAACAUGCGCCGAAUCGUAAUCCUGCUUUUGGAAUUCGGAUAAUGUUUGUUCCCCCGUACAUGCAUGUUUGUUUUUUAUUUUCAUGUACAUUAUUCCUGUUUAAUGCUAGUAAACGGGAGCAGUGUUUGCAGGCUGUUAUCAUGCUUUAUUGUAGUUGAGACUGGACCUGUCAGAGCGGGCUAGGGUUAGGGAAAGUGGUCUUAAAAUUAAGGUUUUAGUUGAAAAUGCAUGGGUAUUGACUUGUGUGCAAAUAAAGAUUACUGUGCUACAAAAAGUAAGAGGUUGCAAAUAUUCCGAAGGAACAUAUAUUCUUUGACACCGACUAACUAGUUCUCAUGAGGUUUAAGAUUCUUAUACAGCAGGUACUCUGCAAACCUACAGGGGUCAUCAGAAUCUGCACAAACUUACUGUAAUUCUGCAAAGAGGCUGCAUGAAGUACAGUUAAAAUGAGUCAAUGGCUGCAAGUCACAGAAAUGUACUUGAAAUGCUGAAUUAUCUAUUGCAGAUAUUUUGAAGCAGGUUUUGUGGAAAUGUUUUGCAUCACCCAGUAAAAUAAAAAACGUUGCAUCAUAAAGUUGAAUGAAAGCUGAUGAAUAAUGUUACGUUAACAUUUUUAAU